AUGGACAAUGGAAUGUUCUCUAGCUUUAUCAUGAUCAAAAACCUCCUUCUCUUUUGUAUUUCCAUGAACUUAGCCAGUCACUUUGGCUUUUCACAAAUGCCAACCAGCUCUGUAAAAGCGGAGACCGAUGACAACAUCACGAUAUUCACCAGGAUCCUGGAUGGGCUGCUAGAUGGUUACGACAACAGACUGAGGCCCGGGCUCGGAGAGCGUAUCACUCAGGUGAGAACGGACAUCUACGUCACCAGCUUCGGCCCCGUGUCCGACACGGAAAUGGAAUACACCAUCGACGUGUUUUUCCGACAAAGCUGGAAAGACGAGAGGCUUCGGUUUAAAGGGCCCAUGCAGCGCCUUCCUCUCAACAAUCUCCUCGCCAGCAAAAUCUGGACUCCAGACACGUUCUUCCACAACGGGAAGAAGUCCAUCGCCCACAACAUGACCACGCCGAACAAGCUGCUGCGCUUGGAGGACGACGGCACGCUGCUCUACACCAUGCGCUUGACCAUCUCUGCAGAGUGCCCAAUGCAACUUGAAGACUUCCCAAUGGAUGCCCAUGCCUGCCCUCUGAAAUUUGGCAGCUACGCAUAUCCUAAUUCCGAAGUCGUCUAUGUCUGGACCAACGGCACCGCCAAGUCAGUGGUGGUGGCAGAAGACGGCUCCAGGCUGAACCAGUACCACCUCAUGGGGCAGACCGUGGGCACGGAGAACAUCAGCACCAGCACAGGUGAAUACACAAUCAUGACAGCUCAUUUCCAUCUGAAGAGGAAGAUUGGGUACUUUGUCAUCCAGACCUACCUCCCCUGCAUAAUGACCGUGAUCUUGUCACAAGUGUCCUUUUGGCUGAACCGAGAAUCAGUUCCCGCCAGGACAGUGUUUGGGGUGACCACGGUGCUGACCAUGACGACCCUCAGCAUCAGUGCCCGGAACUCUCUGCCCAAAGUGGCUUACGCAACAGCCAUGGACUGGUUCAUAGCCGUGUGUUACGCCUUUGUGUUCUCUGCGCUGAUCGAGUUUGCCACUGUCAACUAUUUCACAAAGAGAGGCUGGGCCUGGGAUGGAAAAAAAGCCUUGGAAGCAGCCAAGAUUAAGAAAAAGGAGCGUGAACUUACAAUAAAUAAGUCAACAAAUGCUUACACUACUGGGAAGAUGACCCACCCCCCAAACAUCCCGAAGGAGCAGACCCCUGCAGGGACCACAAAUGCCUCUUCAGCCUCAGUUAAACCUGAAGACAAGACUUCUGAAAACAAAAAGACUUACAACAGCAUCAGCAAGAUUGACAAAAUGUCCCGAAUUAUAUUCCCAGUUCUGUUUGGCACUUUCAACCUCGUCUACUGGGCAACAUAUUUGAAUAGGGAGCCGGUGAUUAAAGGGGCUACCUCUCCAAAGUGA